UUCUCGCUUUCAAAAACCUCUCUCUCUCUUCAUCACUCCCUCUUUCUCUAUCUUCGUGGUCAGACUCUCCCCUUCCUUCUCUCCAAUGGCUUCAAACUGCGCUGUUACCGGCUCCGGUCUCAUCGUCUCCUUCGGGGAGAUGUUGAUCGACUUCGUGCCGACAGUCUCCGGCGUCUCCCUCGCCGAGGCUCCCGGCUUCCUCAAGGCUCCCGGUGGCGCCCCCGCUAACGUCGCGAUCGCCGUGGCUCGCCUCGGAGGCAAGGCAGCCUUCGUCGGCAAGCUCGGCGACGACGAGUUUGGCCACAUGCUGGCCGGGAUCUUGAAGGAGAAUGGCGUCAGUGGCGAUGGCAUCAACUUUGACCAAGGUGCCAGGACCGCUCUCGCUUUCGUGACUCUACGCGCCGAUGGCGAGCGUGAAUUUAUGUUUUAUAGGAAUCCCAGUGCUGACAUGCUGUUGAGGCCCGACGAGUUGAACCUGGAGCUCAUCAAAUCCGUAAGUGUUUAUUUUGUAAAAUAUCGUUCGAGUCCCUUGAGGUUUAUUUUGACUACAAAAGCCCCCCCUUCAAGACUACUGAGAUAGGGUUGUUUAUAAUAUAUCAUGAAAAAUCAUGGGGUGUGUGUGAAAUUUACAUUGAAUUCUGUCGCUCACGCGCGGUUGGUGGGUCGUGUCCGUUAACUGCUGUGUGGAUCACCUCAAUUCACGUAUUUUCUCGUUGUAGAAUUUUUGUGUGAAAAAAAUCUUGACUUUGGACUUUUUGAGAGAGAUGAUAAACUCACGGGCGGUUCAUCGAUCUCUGUCUGAGAUUCUCACUUUGGCGUGCGGUGACGUGUCU